UCCCACCCUGCCCAGGGGGAGCCACGGCAGGGCGCGAAGGCGGCAUGAGAAAGGCGCUGCCGAGGACUGGACUGGGGAGAGGGCAGCAGGUGUCCGCCCCCAGCGUCCCGGAAGACUGGACGGGCGCGGGCUGAGCAACGCUGGGCGUCGCCACACUGGCUGCCGUGAAGCGUGUAUUCCGCCUAGUCUAGGUUGCCUGUGGCGACCCGGCGAGUGGUUCAAGACAAGACCUAAGACUCGGGCUCCUAUCAGUACCUCUCUGCUGUGAAGGAUUGUAUGUAAGGGGAGGAGCUUGGCUAUAAUCCAGUCCCAAUGCAGCCAAAUAGGAGACGCAAAAUAGAGUGGGACAGUCUGUCCGGUACCUCGCCCACCAAAUACUGCAAGCUCACCAAAGACGGGCCUCCACAUCCUUCCCCUAGUAGCAGCUCUGCCGGCAAGACAGCUACAUUGAGACAGACUCGACCCUUGUGCUCUUCGGAAUCUCCUUAUAAAGAGUUCUCAAGAUCUAAAUUCACUGCAGACGACGACUCUUCCUCUGAUGAGUUUGAAACAGAGGAUGGAGUUAGCAGCCUGGUUACAGAGAAUCCAGACCACUCCCUUUCUUGUAGAUCCCUGCUUGUAAAACGUCCUGUCAGUGAAAUGUCCAAGAGAAAUGUGUUGUUGUCAUCUCGGGAAUCCUUAAAAGAAAAGGUUAAAGAAGAUAUUUGCAAUGAUGCAGGCCCAAACUUUGCACCAAACACUGAACGCAAAGGUACUUCAAAGGAAGCAGAGGCUGAAGGUGGCUGGAAGAGAGUGAAGGACCAAGACCAGGGAUCUCGCCGAAUAUACCACAAAGCUCUGCUGGGUAUACUUGGAGGAGCACUAGCAGCAAGAAGAGAGAGAGCAUCUCCAAAUGGUAUUCUGAAGGAAAGCCCUCAUCUCAGAAAAGAUGCUUCUAGAUCAAGUGAGAACCGGAGGUGUCUGCCAGCCCCAUCAAAGUCUGGAGAAGAGCAAGCCACAGCAGUUUCAAACUGUUCAAAAACUAUAGCAAAAGAACAAAUUAAUAUUUCUAUCAGGCGGGAUAGAAAAGAGUCUUGUGGGUCAGAUGGCAACUCAAGAUGUGUGUCAGUUGUUUCAAGGUCAGAAAGAGAAAAAGAACUUAACCGGGAGUCCAGGUUUCCAAAAGCUGCUGCUGCAGAAGAAGAAAAUAACACCUCAAGAAACAGUAGAAAAGAGCCUUCCAAACCAGGGAGCAGCUCAAGGCAUACUUCUGGAGUAUCAAGAUUUCAGGAUGAACCAGAACGUGAGCAGCAGCCAGAUGGCCAAAAAAUUGCGGCAGAAGAGGAUGUUAAUACUUCAGUUGGACGGAAUAAAAUAAAACUUUGUAGAGAACCUCACAAAUCAGUUGACAAUUUUAAAGAUGUGUCUAACCACUCAAGACUCAAAAGUGAACAAAAAUGUAAGCAAGAGUCAACCAAUCAGACAAGUAAAACUGAUGAAGAAAAUUCUUAUAGCAGAUGGAACAAACAAGAAUCUUGGAGAUCGGAUGACUUAAGAUUAGUGUCUGAAACUUCAAGGCAUGAGGAUGAAAAGCUGUUUGAUCAGGGUUGUAGCAGUCAGAAAAAUACUGUAAAAGACACUGGAACUUGCACAAAACAGAAAACUGUAACAAAAGAAAAAUGCAUUUCUCCCAAUUCAAGUGACACACAUGGUGAUGCUAAAAAACAGUUUGUGAAUUUUCAGAGGACAGUUAUUGUUCAACAGUCUCCAAAACCUGUAUGUUUGGAUGAACAAGAUUCAGAAGUAGACCAGAAGUUUAUGGAGAAAGAAAAAGAGCCCUUGGUUGAAAGUGAUUGGUCUGAUAUGGAUGAUGCUGAGCCACUGGCUACAUUUUCACAGGAGGAUUCUAUCCCAAAUCAUAAUACUUCAGAAACUGUGAAGACUUCAGUAUCGGCAACAGAGUUUGUGAUGUAUCCUCCUCAUUUGUACAGUCAUGGGAUGAGUGACUAUACAAAGUAUUGGACAAGCAGCCCCAAGCUAAAAAGUUGUCCUGCUUUCUCAAGCCCCUCUGAAGACACUUUACAUGCUGGUGGCUCCAGUUCCAGUCAUCUUUGUGAUGUUUCUUUAAAUAGCUCAACGGGUACCCCAUCAAAUACAUCAAAGAAUAAAGAAUCUUCAGUGGGAAGUAGAUCACAUUCACUUAAUUCUCCAUCGGUCUGUAAGGAUAAAAACAGACGAAGGAGUAUGGAAAUAGCAUCAUGUGUUCCUAUCUUUUCUACUUCACGUAGGUCAGAUUCGUUCAUUAAUAAUCGUUUAAACCAGGAUUUGCCUGAUGACCUGCCUAAAUAUUUACAAGAAGGGUUUAUUGAUACCCACUGCCAUCUGGACAUGUUAUAUUCAAGGAUAUCUUUUAGGAGUACUUUUUCUAAGUUUAGAAAAAUGUAUGAUACCACCUUUCCUGAAGAAUUUCAAGGCUGUAUAGCUGAUUUUUGUGAUCCCCGUACCUUGAACAACUACUUAUGGGAAGAUUUAUUAAAGGAAGACAUGGUUUGGGGUGCAUUUGGCUGUCAUCCACACUUUGCACGUUACUACACAGAUGAUCAUGAAAGAAAAAUCUUGCAAGCAAUGAGGCACCCCAAAGCUAUUGCCUUUGGAGAAAUGGGACUGGAUUACUCGCCUAAAUGUAGUACCCCAGUCUCAAAGCAGCACCAGGUAUUUGAAAAGCAGCUGAAUCUAGCUGUUGCCUUAAAGAAGCCAUUGGUAAUUCACUGCAGAGGUGCUGAUCAUGAUCUGUUGGAGAUCAUGAAAAAAUGUGUACCAAAAGACUACAAAAUACACAGGCAUUGCUUUACUGGCAAAUACAACGUUAUAGAACCAUUGCUGGACUACUUCCCAAAUCUGACUGUUGGGUUCACAGCACUCCUGACCUAUCCAUCAGCUGAUGAGGCUAGAGAGACUGUUCAAAGAAUCCCUUUAAGCAGAAUAGUAGUAGAAACAGAUGCUCCUUAUUUCCUUCCCAGGCAGGUUCCCAAAAGUGUGUGUAAGUUUUCGCACCCAGGAGUAGCUCUGCACACAGUGAAAGAGAUUGCCCGUCUCAAGGAUGUACCAUUGUCUGUUAUGUUAGCCAUCCUAAGACAAAACACCAACAAAAUAUAUGACUUGUAGGAAGGUGCAAACGACUGGGAAGGAGCUGAUGAGGAAAAGCUACUGGGAAGUGAUUCUGGUCCCUUCAAGUGAUGAUUUUGAAAUGUAAAUAUAGAUAUUUGGAACUCAUGGGUUAACAUUAAUCAUCUUCAAUAGUGUGACUAUCGGCUUUGGAGAAAGAAAAAUAAUAAGAAAGGAGUUCUUAGAAGAAGCGCACGUCAUUUAAAAAUUCUGUGUUUGCCUGCCAUUUAAGGUGCCUUAGUGUUGAUUUUACUCAUAAGAGUAACUUCCCUUUUAACUGCUAAUCCCAGGAGGCAACAAAAAGUACAUUUUAACUUGCAUUUUUAUUACCAUGUUCUAAGAAGAUUAUAACUGAGCAUUUUAGAAGGUCACCUCUCAACAGACAUGAGAAACCUAGUUGUGGCUUGUUUCAUGACUUAUUCAGUAAAUAAAGUGCUUUUGAACAAUCAAGGCCAUAUUUGAGUAUUUCAUUUGGAGCAGCAGAUUACAUAAUUUUAGUAGUGUUUCAUUUCCGUCACAGUUAAAAUGCUUUUGCCUUUUGGUGGAGUGUGAGUGCAUUUCCUGUACAUGAUGGUAACAAGUUCUGUAAAUGUGUGCUGGUGCAAUGGAUUUUCACAAAGGAUGGUUGUAAGCCAUAUGGCAAGAAUUCAUUUUUACAGAGAAGUGAAACUGUGUACAUAGUAACUUGUGGGUCCUGUCUGAGGGUCUGGUGGCAAAAGACACUGUGAGGAGUUCUUUAGAAGCACUGUGUUAUUCAAGCACGUGCAAGGAUAAUGAGACAAAAGCAAAAGAGUCCUGAAACUAAAGCAAAGGAGUAAAAUAGGAUAAAGAUUAUUUCAUGUAAAACCAUGUCUAACUUUUAAUUUUGUUUUGGUGAUGUUUUAACCUCUUCAGUAGAUUCCUUCAAGAAGGGAAAAUGAUUCUAUUUUCUAUAAUACAUUAUUUUUAAAGUAUUAUUUGGACUUUAAAGAGCUUAUUUGGAAAUGUAUUUUUAUAAUACUCAUAUGCUUUGAUUAUAUAAUUGAUUCUAUGAAUGAGACAAGAAAUUAAAAUCUCAUAGUUAAUAACAUUGAAAGCAAGCAUUGUUGUUUUCCAUCCUUUCAUUGCCAUCAAAUUAGCAAUGGGACUUUGCAUAUAUCAAAAAUUAUUUUAUGUAAAUACUAUAGUUCUCUUCAUGUUGUUAAAAGUGUUUCCCAGUGUUUGUGGAAGUGACAACUGGCUUUUAAAUGAUUUAUUUCUCCUUGUGUAUGUGUGUGUGAGAUGUUUAUAUGUAUAUAUGCAAGAAUGACAAUAAAACCAUGUUCCACACCUUCA